UCCCAUGCUGCCCAGCGCACACGGAAGUACGUCAUCAAGCGUGACCUUGACGUGCGUACUUCUUCACUGGUUUUCUGACAGACGAAGAGCAUGGCGAAUAAAGAUCCCGGUGGUUUCCUGCAGCAGCUGCGGCAGAUAGCAGCCAGGAUGUCGGCAGGAUCUCGGGGCGCAGGAAUCGGACUCAAACUCCUGAUCGGUGCUGGAGCGCUGGCUUACGGAGUCAAGGAAGCAACAUACACAGUUGAAGGAGGACAGCGAGCGAUCAUCUUCAACAGGAUCGGAGGCAUGCAGAUGGACACGCUUCUCUCCGAGGGACUCCACUUCAGGAUGCCCUGGUUCCAGUAUCCUGUCAUCUAUGACAUCAGAGCCAGACCCAGAAAGAUCUCCUCGCUCACUGGAAGCAAAGGUCAGACCCUGUCUGUCUGUCUGUCUGUCUGUCUGUCUGUCUGUCUGUCUGUCUGUCUGUCUGUCUGUCUGUCUGUCUGUCUGUCGUAAUAAAAUAGUAAAUAA